GUUAUUAAAAGUUGAAGUCUUUUCGUCUCAUUUUCCCCCGACCUGUUGGAAAAAAUGUGGGAAUACGACCCCAAUAAAAGAAUGCCAUCGAAAGAAGGAGACGUUCAAUUACAUUCCAUCAAGGAUGAGCUCACUGGAAAAGAAAAAGAAUUGCUUGAAUUGUGUGGGCGUGAUUCGCGAUCGGAUCUAACGGGAAAAAUAAAAGAAUUAAUUCAGUUCGGGAUUAACGUGAACGCAAAGGAUAAAGACGGAAGGAAUGCACUUCAUCUUUUGUGUCGGUACUAUUCAAACCCAAAAUUAACCGACGCAAUUCAACUCGUGGUCAAAAGUGGAAUCGACGUAAAUGCAAGAGACAGGAAUGGAAUGAAUGCCAUUCAUUAUUUGUGUCAAUAUCAAUCAAGCCAAAACUUAAUCGACGCAAUUCAAAUUUUAAUUCAACUCGGAAUCGAUGCGAACGCAAAAAGCAACGAUGGAUCAAAUGGGCUCCAUUAUUUAUGUCGAUACAAUUCAAACCCAAAUUUACUCGACGUAAUCGGUGUUUUGGAUACAUUCGGAGUGAGUAUGAUGGUGCCGGACAACGCUGGAUGGGGUGCGUUAUACUAUUUGCAAAAUAAAGAUAAGAAAGAGAUGAAAAUUUGGUUCGACCGUGAAAACCCAAUAGGGCAAGGUGGCUUUGGUAUGGUAUUUAAAGGGAAGUUCGGAGGUCGUGAAGUGGCAGUAAAAAGAGUUGAAAUGCGUCACGUGGACAAAAUAGAAGAAGAAGCAAUGCUGAAGUUAGAUCAUCCAAACAUCGUCAAACUUCUUCACUGUGAAAAAGACAACGACUUUAUGUACUACGCAUUGGAAUUAUGUGUCGCUUCUUUAGAUCAACUUUUUCUGAAGGAGGAUAAUCCCAAAAAAUACAACGAACGUAUACUACCUCCUAUCGAAAUAUUCCGUCAAUUAGCCACAGGCCUGGAAUACAUCCAUUCAAAGAAUUUAAUACAUCGGGACAUUAAACCGGAAAACAUCCUCAUUAUGCGAAAGCCUGGAAAAUAUGAAAAUAUAAUAAUGAAAUGGUCUGAUUUUGGACUGGCCAAAUCCGUAAACGAAAAGGGACUUCACUCGUGGACUGGAGUGAGAGGAACGAGAACUUGGUACGCACCCGAAGUGCUGGAAAAACUCAACAACGAUCAAAACGUGAAAAAUAAUAAGUUUUGGGGCACCGUCAAGAGCGAUGUGUUCGUUCUCGGCAUUGUCUACGGUUAUAUUUUUUUGGAGGGAGAACAUUUAUUCGGCUCAAGUGAAACUGAAAUUCACAAGAACAUCAUUGAAAAUAAUCCAGUGAAUAUGACGAAAAUUGAUGGCGAACUGCGCAAAUAUUAUGAGAAUGACUUACUAACGAAAAUGUUGGAAUAUGAUACGGAAAAAAGAAUGAAUUCGACAGAAGUCGUCAAUCAACUGGCAUCCAUUAAGAAUAAAUUGACUGAAAAAGAAACAGAAUUUCGACAACUUUUUGCUGGUUACACUUCGGCUGAUCUAGUUGGAAGAAUCAACGACUUAAUUCGCCUUGGAAUCGAUGUGAAUGCAAAGGGCAAAUAUGGUAAUAAUAUGCUCCAUUAUUUGUGUCAAUCAAAUUCAAGCCCAAAUUUAAUUGACGCCAUUCAACUCUUAAUCCAACUGGGAAUUGAUGUGAAUGCAAAGGACGAUUUAGGAAGCAAUGCGCUCCAUCAUUUGUGUUUGUUUAAUUCAAGCCCAAAUUUAAUUGACGCCAUUCAACUCUUAAUCCAACUGGGAAUCGAUGUGAAUGCAAAGAACAAAUGGGGAAAGAAUGCGCUCCAUUCUUUGUGUUGGUUAAAUUCAAGCCCAAAUUUAAUUGACGCCAUUCAACUCUUAAUCCAACUGGGAAUCGAUGUGAAUGCAAAGGACAAAUGGGGAAAGAAUGCGCUCCAUUAUUUGUGUGAACUCAUUUUAAGCCCAAAUUUAAUUGACGCCAUUCAACUCUUAAUCCAACUGGGAAUCGAUGUGAAUGCAAAGGACGAGAGGGGAAGCAAUGCGCUCCAUUUUUUGUGUAAAUCAAUUUCAAGCCCAAAUUUAAUUGACGCCAUUCAACUCUUAAUCCAACUGGGAAACGAUGUGAAUGCAAAGAACGAGAGGGGAAGCAAUGCGCUCCAUUAUUUGUGUGAAUCAAAUUCAAGCCCAAAUUUAAUUGACGCCAUUCAACUCUUAAUCCAACUGGGAAUUGAUGUGAAUGCAAAGGAUUUUGAUGGAAGGAAUGCGCUCCAUUAUUUGUGUGGAUCAAAUUCAAGCCCUAAUUUAAUUGACGCCAUUCCACUUUUAAUCCAACUGGGAAUUGAUGUGAAUGCAAAGGACAAUGAUGGAAGGAAUGCUCAAAGUUAUUUACGCGAUAAUGAUAAGAUUAGCAACAAGGACGAAAUCCUAAAACUGCUCGACGAAGCACUUCAUGUUGUAUCAUGACUCAUCAUGACUCUUGGCGAUGCAAUGCACUUUAACGGAAAAUAAAAUAUGGCGACUGUUGUAUACUCGGAAUAAUUUUGCCAUUUACUCCUUGAAAACUCAAAAAUCCCGCUUUCUUGGGUGUAUUGCUCAGGCCGACGGACUUUCAAAAAUAAAAAUAAAGACUACAUCGUCAUAGAGUCUUAUCAAUUUAUGACUCCUUUAGCCAUGUUGAUUGCGACUCAUUCGACAAUUUAUAAAUUCUAUGUGCGCAAACGACAUUAAAAUAAAAGAAAGUAUCAAAGCAAAAAACAAGUGAUUCAAUAUCGGUUCAACAAGCCUCUUCUCUCAUUGGAUAAGUAGUUCAUUUCAUUUCAAGCUUCUAGCAAACUGUAAUGGAGCUCAUUCAGGAAAACAAUCAGAGCAAUAAAGAACCUUAAUAAACAAUAAAAAAAUUAUAUCUCGAAUGGUGAAUAA